AUGUCGAGCGCAGACGCCUCAUCACAGGUCAUCACAAUAAAACCCUCGUUACCAAUUGAGCGUCUACCUAAUGACAUUGCGCGGUUAUUCUCACAAGUUCAUCCUGCGAUCCUCCUUUCCGCAUUCUACGUGCGAUUCCCAGCUCUAGUUGCAGACCCGACAUCUACACUGCUGAGCACAUUACUGCCUCUGGCAGCUGUACAGAUAUCGUAUGCCGUUGUUUGCCUGCCUGCAGUUGGGUCAAACACGAAGUUCGUCAAGAAAGCCAAGCUCAAUGCCCCGAAGAAGCCAGUUGGGGAUGUUGCGAAGAGGUUACUGACAUCAUUUGUUUCUCUGCUUUUCACGGGUUUCUCCGUUCCCAUCCUCUGUAUCCUCCAAAUCCUCUUCGGCGCCCCUCUUACAACCCACCUUCCGCACACCCUUCUCUGCUCCGCACACAUUGCGCUGCUCACCGUCUUCCCUCUCAUCUACGUACACGGCUCCGAUAGUCAAAAAUGGAGAGAAAUAAUAUCGCUGUACAGUCCUAUCGACGGGUUGUUUGGUGGUACCGUGGGAUGUCUUCUAGGAGCUUGGGUUGGUGCCGUGCCGAUUCCGUUGGAUUGGGACAGAGACUGGCAGAAGUGGCCCGUAACUAUUGUUGUUGGAGCCUAUGCUGGUUAUGUGCUAGGGAAGACGAUAGGAGCUUGGGGGUUGAAGGGAAAGAGGAUUGAGCUGCGUUAG